AUGUCAAACGAUCAACAAACCUCCCAACAACAACAACAACAAGAAACAUCAGAUCAAUUAAUUUCAGAAACAAAACAACAAAGAAAUGAAAGAUUUAAAAAUCAAUUAUAUCAAGCAGGAGCAAAAGGUUUAUUUAGAGGUACUUUAAUUGCUUUAAUAACUGGUUAUGCUCUUAGUUAUAAAUAUAAUCAUGGAAUAAAUAGUCAAUAUUUUAGAAAUGUUUAUAAAGUUUGGUGGUUUGUUGGUUGGAAUGUUGUUAGUAUUAGUUUUACUACUGAUAUUGCUAAAAUUAAAAUUAGUAGACAAGCUGCUUUAGAAGAUGAAAUUAAAAGAAAUAAAAUUUUGGAGAAUGAAUAUAAUAAGAAAUAA